AUGGAGAAAGAUAAGAAAUGGAUACUCCGAAAUGUUUUCAGAAGGUUACUAUAACAAUGGCAAAAAGGGUUGGGCACUGUUGGUAUUUGUUUUCUAGAAAAAGAUAAGAAUAAGAAUAUAUUGGUAGCGGAUCAUAUAGUUUUGGAUAAAAUGAGAUAAAAAUUGGAAAUUGGAUUGAAUUUAGCGAUUAUCCAGUUCAAUAUUAAGGUGAAUAUUAAAAACGGUAAGAAAAUUGGAUGGUGGGAUUAAAAAUAUAUGGAUCAGCCACAUAUAACAGGUGGAGGAGCAUAUGAUGGAGAUGGGAAUAAAAUUGACGAGUGGAUAGACAUUUGCGAAUGGUCUAUGGACAAAUUAUUAAUAAUUGAGAAAGGGGGAUAUAAGAAAGGUAAAAAAGUAGGUUUAUGGGAAUAUUUUUAUGACACAGUAUUAAUUGGUGGUGGGUAAUAUGACGAAUCAGGUGACGAGAUUAAGAUUGGAAAUUGGGUUGAAUUUUGUGAACAAUCUAUGUAUAAUUUAGCAGUUACCUGGAAAGGGGAGUAUAAAAAUGGGAAAAAAGUUGGUGUUUGGGUGGAAAUAAUAGGGCCUGUGACUAAAUGCUGUUAAUAGGUCUCAUCAAUCAAUUACGAUGAUUGAAAUAUAUCAAAAUAAACAAUAAUAAUUAUAAUGAAUGG